AUGGGAGCUGGACCCUGCCGUGGCUGCUGCGACCGCGAACGUGAUGCCAUGGGGGGCUUCGUCGGAGACGAGCCCGCCAUUCCCAUCUUCGGGGAGGAGAUUGAGGCGUUGUCCAUGCCGCCCAUCGUCCCCAGCAAGUCGGUUCGGGAGAUGUCACCGCAGAACUCCUGUCACAGCACACCAUCCAAGAAGUCCAAGACGCCCAAGACACCAAAGACGCCAAUGUCGCCGCGUACGGAACAUGUCGAUCGAGAAUCUGAAUUCUCUGAUGUGGAUGGUUUCGAGAUGCGGGCGCCGGUGUUCAUGGAGGCCGAGUUUGACUUCUACGACCCCUUGUCCAAGAAGGCCGAGGCCCUACCCUUGGUCGAAGAGGUACAGCAUCACCGGCCCGGUGCUCAUGGUCCGGCGAAGCAGGACUCACCACAGCUGCCAGUGCCGGAAAAUCCGCAGGACCCAGGGGCAAUUACGCCCAAGACCAAACGGAGGAAUGAGGUGGAGGUACUCACCAAAUGGGGUGUGCUUUCUGGAAAGUUGAUCUUCAGCAGGGUGUUGACUCUCACCACCAUGGGAAGUGUCUAUGUGAUUCGCGCUCAACAGGCACGACUUGAACAGAACUCCCGGGUUUGGAGGCGGAUUGAGGGAAGGGCACGACGAGUUGUAACUGCUGCUGCCUCUCUGUCCGCGCGCGUGGUCCAGGAAAAAGGGGACAUGUAUCAUGCGGACUGGCGCACCAAUGAAGGUGGCGCACUGUCCGAGCUUUUUACUUCAGAAUAUAUUGACACCUUGAUGAUACUGGCGAAAGCAGGUGCUAAGUUACUGGCUUCGCAACCGGUGCUGGCAGCGGCUCAAGUGCCAUGUCGAAUUUUUGGCGACCUCCAUGGCCAGCUGCGGGAUCUGUUGUUGCUCUUUGCAGCCUUUGGCUUCCCGGGAAGUAAGGAAGAUACCGCGGAUGAUGAUGCGAUGUCCUACGUCUUCAAUGGAGACUUUGUUGACCGGGGCGCUCAUUCCUUGGAGGUCAUCGGCCUGCUGUUAGCAUUGAAAGUCUCCAUGCCCAACCGAAUUUGGCUGGUGCGGGGAAACCAUGAAGACAGGACCAUGAACGCGAGAUAUGGCUUCUUUGACGAAUGUCAGGAACGCCUAGGAGACACCUUUGGUUCAAAGACCUACGACCUUCUGCAAAAUGCGUUUGAUCAGUUGCCUUUAGCCUGUGUGGUGGGUGGCCAAAUCCUAUGCGUUCACGGUGGUGUGGGGGAUGGCCGCUGGGAUCUGAACGAACUGCGUGCCAUUCGGCGACCCUUGGGACAGCUGGAGCUGGGCAGGAGCGAAAACCGCUGGAUUCACAACAUCCUCUGGUCCGAUCCAAUUGAGGAUGACCUGGCACAACGAUGUGACGAGAGCGAGACUGGCCCAGUCUUUGGGGUUCACGAAAGCCCCAGAAACACCACUGCGGUGCUCUUCGGCUGGGACGUGACGAAAACCUUUUGUGCCCGAAAUGGUGUGGCCAUGGUGGUUCGGAGUCACCAGUCAAAGCGAUAUGGCUUGGGCUUCGACUUGAUGCACGAUGAGAAGUUGAUUCGCGUCUUUUCGGCCAGGGACUACGAGGGCCACUGCAACGACGGUGCGGUGCUCUUGGUGCGGGCCAUCGAGCAUGAGGAGCCGCCAAGCUCCAUGUCCAUCCGGGCACAAGUCCUUGGAUCCUACGCGAAGAAGAAGAAGAAAGCUGCCAAGAAGCUUCAAGAGUUGAACGCUUUGGAGAAGGCCUUGGGAGAACAUGACGUGGACCAUGACGUCCACUCCAUAGGGGAUGGUUUUCCCAGACCCGAUCGUGGAACGUCCCUGGAGGAAAUCACUCAGAAACAACAGAGUCUACAGGCUUCAGGGACCGCCCCUUAUGAAACGCGAACCGCCAGAAGAUGGGCCCCUUGGCGGAUCUUUGAUGGCCAUUUGAUGGCCAUGAAGCCUCCAUCGAAGCGUGCACGCAGCCCCGCGGUGGGCGAGCCUGCCGUUGGGCGAAUCAUCAGCUUCUUUGCCCAGAAAGGCUAUGGGUUCCUUCAGUCUGGGGUGUGCGCCAAGGAUGUCUUCUUCCCGAGAGCGGCUUUGCCACUUGAGCUACAGGAACUUGAGUUGAAUCAGCUGAAGGGGCUGGAGGUGAACUUCACUUUCUUGGAGAUGGACGGCAAGCCGCGAGGGGAAAACAUCUCCCCUCGAGGGCCUUUGCCGGGCCCGCCUCGGGUGUCUCCGCUUUUGGCCCCACCGGCCCCACCGGGGCUGCCGAGCAUGCCGCAUCCAGGCGGUGAUCGACAAGCCCUGUUGGGCAUUCACACGGGCACCCUGCGGUCCUACGAUGCCAAGAAGGGCUUCGGCUUCAUCUUGCCCGAUGACCUGCCGGAGGACAUUUUUUACCUCAGGAGUGAGCUCCCCCCAGAACUGGAUGGGAUCGAACCCAUGCGAAACCAGGUGGUCGACCGACGAGUUGAUUUUGAAGUGAGACAAAUGGAGAAUGGCAAGCUGCGGGCCCAGAAAUUGCGCUUCAUCGCGCCCCGGGGCCCCGGCGGCCCGGGCCCCCUGCUGCCACCGCCGCCGAUGAUCCCGCGGGCACCGCAGAUGCCCGCACCGUCAGGUCAUCGGGAAGCGGCGUUGAGCUACGGCCGCAUACGCAACUACUACCCCAGCAAGGGCUACGGCUUCAUUGAAGGCAAUGGCCGGGAGGAUCUCUUCUUCCUCCCCAGCUCUCUGCCCAAGGAGCUGCUGGAAAGCAAACAACCUUUGGAAGGCCUGGAGAUCACCUUUGAAGCCUACACCAAUGAGGAGGGAAAGGCGCGUGCCCGAAACAUUUCACCGUACCUUCCUCCACCUCCCCGGGGCCCGCCGCCUCAUUUGGCCAGUCGCGCGCCCCCACCACCUCCCGUUCACAUGGUACAAAUGAUGGCACCACCUCCCCUGAUUCCAGCAGGAGCAGCCCUUCAGAUGGCCCCGAAGGUGGAGCAUCGAGUGGUGGUGGGCACGGUGCAUUCCUACGAUGUGUCCAAGGGCUUUGGAUUCAUGAAGGCCGAGGGUCUCAAUGGCGACAUCUUCUUUGCCAGGUCCGAGUUGCCCGUGGAGUUGAGGGAGGAAGAGAAGGAGCAGUUGCUUGGGAAACACAUGGAGUUCGAACUGAAGACCAUGCCGGAUGGCAAGUUUCGUGCCAGGAAACUUCUACAUCUCAGACGCAUAGGUGGUCCACGGGCCCGUGGCAGGGUGAUCAAGUACUACCAAGAGAAGGGCUACGGUUUCAUGGACUGCGGCUGGGCCGACAACGUCUUCUUUUUGCGGAGUUCAUUGCCAAAGGAUCUCAAUGAUGCGCCCUUUGAGGAGUUAAAGGAGCUGGAAAUCUCCUUUGAGGUGACAUCCAAAGAUGGAAAGCCGCGGGCCAAGGGCCUGGAAAUUGUUGGUCGGGAGAGACAAGCCUCAGAUCAUAAGGAGCCACAGGACGGAGAGACUCUUAUCGGUGAGAUCGUGAACUUUGAUCCAACCAAGGACUUUGGUUUCGUCCGUGCCAAAGACUGCGAUCAGGACAUCUACUUCACCCGAGCAGAGCUUCCCAGCGAGCUAUCCGGCUCCGAUCGGAGAGACCAGGUGGUGGGCAAAGAGGUGGAAUUCGAGGUUCAAGUGAAGUCUGAUGGGAAGCUGCGGGCUCACCAGAUGCAGCUGAGCAGCGCAGGUGAGCCUGGCGAGCCUGAGUCAGAGCUGGAAGAUGACGUGGUGCAGGAGAUGGAAGACUUCCUGGUUGACAAUGGCAAUCGUCAAAACUAUGGAAACUUCACGAAUCGCUUUCCGAGAGUGCGGAAAAGCAAACUCCUGAAGCACUUCCGGAUUGUCGAUGGAGAUGGUCGGCAAUUUGUCGAACUUCCACUAGACCAUCCUCGACGCACUGCGGAGGAGUCGGUGGAGGAAGCGACUAGGGAUGCACCCGGGCCGGAGGAGUUUGUGGAUGACUUUCCAGAAGGGCCAACACAGGAGGUUGGCGAAGAUGACGUCGACCCCAACGAACCGGCCAUUCCCCUGGGCCCUGGGUUGCAUCCUCUGGGCGUGAUCCGAGACUACGACGCUAAGAAAGGAUUUGGCUUCAUCCGGUGUCAAGGCUUAAGCGAGGACGUCUUCUUCCCGCGGACCGCCCUGCCCAAGUCCUUCCAGGGCCAGAACAUACGAGAUAUGCCGGAGUUGAGGGGUGUUCAGGUGAGCUUCAACUAUAAUCCCAGUGGGGGCCGUGGACCUCGCACCGAUUCGGUGCAACUACUUCUUCGGUGGCUGGCCGCAGAUAAGUGUUGGCUCUUGAAGCGAACUCCGAUCCCUGCAAAGCCAUGA